AAAAGCCUGCCAAACGCCACCUAAUUAGAAUAGUAGUGCUUCUUCUUCUUCUUCUUCUUCUUCUUCAGUUCACCAGUUCUGUCUGCAUCCUCGCAUUUUCUUUUUCUUCAAAUCCCUACAGCAAUCUAUAAUAUACCUUAGCUGUAUUUUGAACGUAUAUCAUCAUUCUUACAUACCGCACAAUAUUCUUAGUUGCUAUUUGGUUUACAGCAGAAUCAGGGAAUCAAAAAAUUCGAUUUGGUUGCUUAGAUUCAACACUUCAAGAAUUUUGCAUGUUGAUAUGAAAAUCUAGCUCUUGGAUUUCUCCUAGGGUUUUUAUAAGUUGUUUGACGCCUUCAAUGGCGAUGAGAGGCGUUGAUUUUAAAUGGUACGAUGGGUUCUUCUUGUCAAUGCUAGCUACCAGUAUAAUUAUUGUGGCUAUCAACUGGAAGCGCUAUCAUCUUUGUAUAUACCCAUUGCACAUCUGGAUCGUGGUUGACUACACAACAGUGUUUGUGUUUCGACUCUUGAUGUUUGUGGAUAAUGGCCUUGCUGCUGGAAUGGGAUUGGAUUUUGGUUGGCAGCAAAGAUAUGGUCGUUUCUGUGGAAGAAUAGCUGUUCUUUCUAUUCUUGCCCUGCUUCUCUAUCCCUUUCUUUGGGCUUGGACCAUCAUUGGGACUUUAUGGUUCACUAGUGCAAGAAACUGCCUUCCAGAAGAAGGCCAAAAGUGGGGUUUCCUAAUUUGGUUGCUAUUCAGCUACUGUGGACUCCUGUGCAUAGCUUGCAUAUCGACAGGGAAGUGGUUAGCUAGAAGACAAGCCCAUUUAUUACGCGCACAACAAGGGAUUCCUAUCUCCGAAUUUGGGGUGUUAGUUGACAUGAUCAGAGUGCCAGAUUGGGCAUUCGAAGCUGCUGGCCAGGAGAUGAGGGGGAUGGGCCAAGAUGCUGCUUCAUACCAUCCAGGACUUUAUUUGAGCCAAGCUCAGAGAGAAGCAGUGGAGGCACUCAUUCAAGAACUUCCAAUGUUCAGGAUGAAGGCUGUUCCAACUGACUGCAGUGAGUGCCCAAUCUGUUUGGAAGAGUUUCAUGUGGGAAAUGAGGUUCGUGGUCUGCCUUGUGCUCACAACUUCCAUGUUGCAUGCAUUGAUGAAUGGCUUCGCCUAAACGUGAAAUGCCCUAGAUGCCGUAGUUCUGUUUUUCCGAAUCUUGAUCUCAGUGCUUUGUCAAAUAUCCGUGCUGAUUCAGAAAAUUCAGCAACCAACUUUGUGACAGCAGCCCGGUAUGUGAGAUCCCAACCUUCUAGCCAGAGCUAUCUGCUGAGGUUGCAAGGUUUUCUUCGCCCUGUGCGCACAGAGGAUGCUGGCUCAAGUAGUGAGGUAAAUGCAGCUGCUGCUCAAACAAGAGUUGAGAACGGAGCCCUAGCAUCAGGACCUGACAGUCACGGAAAUGUAGAGCGUGUGGAAGUACUUGUGGAACAUUCUCCAAGACAGCUGUAACUAUUUGUUCUGGGGAGGUUCCUUCCAAGGUUCAAAUGUUCUAACUUUGCGGGCGCUGAGAAUUUUUGUCAACCUCUAGCCAAUGUUGAGUGUUGUAGUGGCCUCUAACUGUAAUUAGAUUGCUAAAAUUAGCGUGGGACUGAUGGAUGAAAACAGCUACAACUUGUUUUGAUGUACAUUUGGCAUCUCCUAAACCUUCUCUUAGAUGGUUAAUGUUUUGUAGUCCCCUUCUUCUGGGCAAUGCAAUGGAAUCAGUCAAAGUUGUAUGAUUGACCUUUGAGGA